CUGAGCGGUUGUCAGGAGUGUUUACAAGAAACAUGGCUUCCUUGUCUGUUGGAGAGCUUCAAGAAAUGGAAGUGGACCGAAGGGGUGAGUCUGAGGAGUCUGGUGAUGAUGAGACCAGGAGGAAGAGUAUCAAUGGCGACGUGGACCCCAAUCAGCCCUCUACCACAAGUAAAGAAGAGUCUCCUGUUGACAUGGACACCAUAACUUUGGACCCAGAGGAAGAGGAUGUCGAUCUUGUUCAUUGCCGUAUUGGAAAAAUUGAAGGACUGGAGGUGCUACAGAAGGCUAAAACACUCUCCUUACGACAGAACCUCAUCAAAAAGAUAGAAAACCUUGACAGUUUGAGCUCACUGCGGGAACUAGAUCUCUAUGACAAUCAGAUCCGCAAACUAGAGAACCUGCACAGCCUCACAGAGUUGGAGCAGCUUGACGUGUCCUUCAACAUUUUGAGGAAGGUGGAGGGUUUGGAGCAGUUGACUCAGCUGAAGAAACUUUUUUUGCUUCACAACAAAAUUAGUGGCAUUUCGAACGUGGAUCACAUCUCAGGUCUGGAGAUGCUGGAGCUGGGCUCCAAUCGCAUCAGGGUUAUCGAGAACCUGGAUGCACUCUCAACUUUGCAAAGUUUGUUUCUUGGUACUAAUAAAAUAACAAAGCUUCAGAAUCUGGAGGGUUUACACAACCUGACUGUUUUAAGCAUUCAGAGUAACCGGAUUACUAAAAUCGAGGGCCUACAGAACCUUGUCAACCUGAGAGAGCUCUAUCUGAGCCACAACGGCAUUGAGGUUAUCGAGGGUUUAGAAAACAACAAAAAACUUACCACACUGGACAUCGCAGCCAAUCGAGUAAAGAAAAUUGAGAACAUCGGCCAUCUGACAGAGCUGCAGGAGUUCUGGAUGAACGAUAAUCAGAUAGAUAACUGGUCGGAUCUUGAUGAGCUGAAGAAUGCCAAGUCACUGGAGACGGUCUACCUUGAAAGAAACCCGCUACAGAAGGAUCCACAGUACCGGCGAAAGAUCAUGCUGGCGUUGCCCAGUGUACGUCAGAUCGACGCUACCUUUAUCCGCUUCUAAACUGCAGUGUACGAUUCACCUGCCGACUUCACAGUGUUCUCCCUCACCUCCCUGCCUGCCCUGCCUACACAAACAAAACCUUUUAAAACACAUCGGCCUCACUGAAUCAUAUCGUCACUCCUUACACAAUGUACAUUCCAACAUCAAAAGUCACCCAUGGCUCACUCAACAUACAUGUAUGCAUGUAUGCACUCACUCAAUCCCUGAUCUAUGCUAUUGUGUGGACGCUUUUAUUUAUUAAGGUGGAACUGUGAAAAUGAAAAAUUACCCAAAACUCAUUUCCUCAUUUUUCCUCCGUACCUUCUUUCAUUUGUUGUUUUGCAUGUGGGAUACAGAAUGGAGACAUCUGUCUUCUACCAUGCAUUACUCAUCACAAAAUCUGUCUUAUAUAUCACAUUAAGGAAGUUGCACUGUUAUGAUAUUGCAAGAAAAGGAGGCAUUCUUAAUAUAUGAGGGAUUUUGGUCAUGUUGGAUUUGGUUGGACAGAAUGGUACUGGUUUCUGAAGCUACACAAUGUGUAAAAUACCAAUUCAACAUUAAAGGGAAAUGUCAUGAUAAAAUAGAAUUUGCAUAGUUUAUCCUUCAGAAUGCUGUUUCCUCAUUCGGCUUCAGUAUAUGUCAGAACUGUCCAGACCGAGGUACCAAACUCGACUGUUAGACAAAGAUCUAAAAUGAAGCCUAAAAUGCCAUAUUGACACCGUGCCGUUUUAAAACAAUAUAGUGGCAGUUGCAUACAUCAGUCUUUUUAAGGAAAACAUAUCCUUACAGAUUAAACUGAUGUAUCCUUUUAAUAAACUCUUAUUACUAAUGAAGGGCAAACUUUGAUGUCCAGCAGCCUUGUCUACUCCUUGUCCAAAUCUUUUACAGCUCGUAGAUCCAUUUGCUGAUUAACAAGAGUGACCUCUGCAGUAAAAUAAAACUCAUGAGAAUGUAAAAUGUAUCCAUAAAGAUGGUUUUUGUAAUCAGUGUCACUAUCACCUCGUAGUUUUUUUUAAGCUUGAAUACAUCACUGAUUACAGCCUUGGCUCUCUUUUGACUUGGAGAAAAUUGUUUGUGUACUUUAUUUGAAUAGGUAACCGUUAAAUAUAGAUUGUUUUUUUGAAUUGAAUUUACAUUAUAAUGGCUGGACUGAUCUCACAGAAAUGUUAACUAAUUUAAGAUAAGCUACUUAAUGCACAGACAAUUUUUUUAAUCACGUUUUGGAACUCAAAUUUCAAAUGUAUAAAGACACCACAAUGAUACAUUAGGCCCUCAGGAUUGCUUAGAAAUAGGAAUUUGUGUAUAUUUAUUGACCUUAUUUGCCAUAGGAUUUCUUACAAUGAAAAGACCACCCAGAACCAAAAGUAAAUGAAUCAUCCUUGUGGUCUUAUGUAUAUAACGCUUGAGUGAAUUUACGCACCGUUACAAUUAAAAAGUGAUGCUUUUUUUUUUUAUAUUAAUACCAUUCCCCAUCUCAGGGUUGAAAGGUCACAUGUUAAUUCAAUAAAGAGGCAUCAGAUUUCACUGCAUUAGUGAAUUAAGAGGAAAACUACGAAAACCAGUGCUCUCUGUGCAACAUAAGAUGCUGAUCAUUAUCUAAUUAUUUUAAUAUGUAUUUAGCACAGCAUUUAAAAUGGUCAAAGUGCCCUGUGUUAAUAUUGAAUAUUCUUUUCCAGGCAAGAAAAUAAGAGCAAAAAAUGCUGUUGAGUAUUGUAAAAUAGAUGCCUUUAGCUGAUAAUUUGCUGUUUUUCAGUGAAAUGUAAAUUAUGAUUACACAUCUUUUAAAUCCAUGUGUUCACGGUUAGUGAUCAUGACCAGAAAUCAAAUGUAGAACAUUUAUGAGCCCAUAGCAGGCUAUCAGCAAGAACAUUUGGCAUUACUGAUAUGAAUGUAAUGUUAUUUUAUAUUCAGUUUAACUAAAAUGACUGUACAAUUGGCUAGUGGGAUUGAAAACGUCACUUUGUGUAUUUGUAAAUAUAGUUUUAGACAUCUCAUGAUGUAGAAAUGCAGUGCCAUCUUCAUUUUCCCUUUGUAAAGUGAUCUUUUUUCUCGUUUUGUUUAUGCCAGGCAGCACAACAGAUUUGUGUGAGAUAUCGUAGUUGAGAUAAAAUGGCCUUGAUUGGUCACUGAAGGAGCAAUUACUAAAAUUAGCUCCUUGUUGUUAGAACUAAGUCUUCAGGUUUGGGACUUGGUUGACGCCGUUUUCGAACUGAAUGUAUUAUGCAAAUAACAAUAAAAUGACACUACAUACGAA